AUGCUUUUCCACACCGUUGCCUCGGUCGCUCUCUUGGCUGCCGCGGCUCACGCUGCCGCCGACGAGGUCAAGCGCCAGCCCUACCGCCUGGCCGUCAUGGCUUUGCCCGGGCAGAGCUUGAUGCGCCGCACCACCUACGGUUACAACCCUGACCAGCAGAAGUGCAAGGCUGGCAACUCUUGCGCCGAGGCCUGCGGCGCUGGUUUCGCCCAGUGUGCCGGCGGGACGACCGAUGUUGCUCACUGCUUCAACCCUGGUGCUGGUGAAACCUGCUGCACCGAUGGCUCCGGCAACUCGUGCGAAGCUGGGUACUAUUGCACCCACGACAGCAAGCAGACCUGGUGCUGCCCCGGCACCCUGGACCUGGCUGCUUGCGCUGCUGCUUACCACGUCUCUGGCAUGGUGGCUGCCACCUCGAGCCCCUCGACUUCUACAACCAGCCCGAGCACUUCGCGUGCCCUGACCACCACCUCCAUAAGUCUUGCCGUCAGUAGCAGCAGCAGCAGCAGCAGCAGCAGCAGCAGCAGCAGCAGCAGCAGCAGCACCACCACCACCACUGCGAAAACCAGCACCCUUGGCUCCUCUUCUGGACCUCCUUCCACGACCAGCCUCCCCGUCUUGACCGCCAUUGGCGCCCAAAACACCACCACCAUCGGCACUGCUUCCACUGGCCAGACCACCACCCGGGUUGGCUUCAACAGCACCAUUGCCAGCCCGCUACCUACCCAGCCACAGGUGUCUGCGUCUACCGUCACAGUUGUCCCCCCUUCCUCCACGGCUUCGCCCCCUCGAGCCUCCUCAACAUCAGCCAACGACGCUGCCGCCUCCGGUGUCAGUGCCAUACUGCUCGUUGCCGCCGGUGUGGUCGCUCUUUUGUAA